GCUCUCUUAUUGUAAACUUAACAAUUUGUUGAUUGUUUACAAUUAGCUGAUCAUUUGGUGAACAAUUUAUCUGGAUUAAAUGGUCAAUCAAUUAGACGAAUAACAGAAAAAGUGACAUUUUAAAUUUUUCAUUUUCGUUUCGUUUUUUUCGUUACUUUCAACUAACAGUUUCGAUUAACGUUCAUCAUUUGAUUAACUUUCUAAUCAUGACUAUGGUUAAAGGUGCCUUCGGAUCAUCCAAUGUUAACAGUUUAUCCAUGAUAACCAAUGGUCAUUAUGGUUUAGAUGGUGGAUUAACCUCUCGGACUAAAGUGUUUACUAAAUCAGCGGAUAUGAUGAAGUUUGAUGAAGAUGAAGGUGACGGAGAUGAUGACAGUGAGGGUAUUGGUGGGGGUGAAGAUGAAUUAAGUAAAACUGUCCAAAGUAUUGUCAAUGGUGAUACUUAUCAUAAACAACGUGUCGGUAAUAUCGAUGGGUCAUUUGCCGAUAAAGGCGGUGGAUCUUAUCAGAAUGUGACAUCUUUAUAUGUCCAUCCUGAUGAAGAUGAAAUAAUUGAUGAACUAGCUGACCUGGAAUCAUUACCUGGUGAUGAUGAAGAUGAAGAUGAUGAUCUUAACGAAGAGACUGAAGAUAUUGUUGGACCAUUAGCAUCACCGGGUAAGGUUGACCUGUUAAAGAAUAACUUUUAUCCCCAUAGGCAUCAUCGACUUUUCCCCCAAAAUAAUCAGCCCAAGGGCUUAAUCCAAGGUAAAACUAAUCCGUUAACAUGGGCACUUAACGAAAGGCCAUGUUCACUUUCAUCCGAUGCUCUCAACCAGAUUAUGGUUAAUCGUGGUGCUUCAUCGGCAUCUAAUCACUCAGGUAACUCACCUUUGUCACGAUCAUCAUCAUCUUCAUCUGAAAAGGUCAUUCUUUUACCUCGACUCUCAGCUCAGUCAAUUAAAUGUAAACAAAUCAAUUGUACUGACCCUGAUUGUCCAAACACUCAUCUUCAUAAUCUAUACGGAUUAUGGUCUGAUAAAAAACUGCCAAUACUACCAAUCUCUUUAUCAUCAACAACAAUUAAUGCCAACAAUCAAGUGUCAAACACAGAUCCUAAUGUCCUUCGUCUUCAUGUUAAUGGUCAAACUAAAUUAUCAAACAAUCAACACAAUCAAAUGAACAAAAAAUCAACAAUCUCAAUGAUUUCACCAACCGCUCAAUCAAAAUUAACCAACGACAAUCAAACCAAUGGCUACAAGAGGUUGGAUACAAUUAAUCAUGGACAACAAUCAUCACCAUCAUCCUCAUCUUCAUCAUCACCAAUAGGCUGCUCAUCAUCAUCAACUAUGUUAACUAACGAUUCAACAGGUUACAAAAAUUUACAACAAUUAAAUCAACAAUCAAAUGGUAAAACUACUUGGAGACAUUGUAAGAAUUCAAGUGAAGUGAUUUUAGUUGCCAAUCAGAUGGAUUAUAAUUCAUCAAUGAAAACCAUUUAUCACCAGGCAAAGUCUCAAAGGAAAUAUGGAUCAACGGGAAUCAGAUUAACUCCUGAUCAAGCAUUGGCUCGUUAUCAUCGCCAAUUUACCUGUGAAGCGGUUUCCUUAAUUGUCCUGAUAAUUGCUGUCACCUUCCUAAUUGCUACACCCUUCAUUUUAAUUCCAAUUGUUGCCUUUCCCGAUAUUAAUCAAGAUCUAAUCAGGGUGAUUAUGUGGUUAUCGUUGUUAUUAUCAAUUAUAUUCACGAUUAUCGGUGCGUUAAUUGGUAACGUUUAUUGGUAUUAUGAUCAAUCAACGGAGACAUUUAAAUGGCGAUUUCAUUUCGGCUCUGGACCUAAACACUAUUGGGGAUCAACUUUAUUUAAUUUUACCAACAAUCAGCGACAAUUUAAUCAUCAUAAUCAUCAAGAUCGUCCAUCAUCUAAUCACAAUCAACAAUUUGCUAAUCAUUUGCCAUCAUCUGCAAUUGUUAAUCAUGUUUAAUUGAAGAUCUUAUUGUUUUUUUUAUCAAUUUCAUAUUUUUGCUUAAUCCAAUUCUGUAAACCCUAAAUCUUUCAACAAUUAAAGCUUAAUUGCUUAAACGUUAA